AGGGGCUUAUAUGGAGGCUCUCGCGCCGCGGCGACUUCCUUUUCCGGCCGCAGCAGGAGCGAGAGCCAGGCGCCGCAGCCAUGUCGCUCGUGAUUCCUGAGAAAUUCCAGCACAUCCUGCGAGUUCUCAACACCAACAUAGAUGGGCGGCGGAAGAUCGCCUUCGCCAUCACCGCCAUCAAGGGUGUGGGCAGGCGCUACGCCCACGUGGUGUUGAGGAAAGCUGACAUCGACCUGACCAAGAGGGCCGGUGAACUCACAGAAGAUGAGGUGGAGCGCGUCAUCACCAUCAUGCAGAACCCCCGCCAGUACAAAAUCCCCGACUGGUUCCUGAACAGACAGAAGGACGUCAAGGACGGGAAGUACAGCCAGGUCUUGGCCAACGGGCUGGACAACAAGCUCCGUGAGGACCUGGAGCGGCUGAAGAAGAUCCGAGCCCAUCGAGGCCUGCGCCACUUCUGGGGCCUGCGUGUGCGUGGCCAGCACACCAAGACCACUGGCCGCCGUGGCAGAACCGUGGGUGUCUCGAAGAAGAAGUAGAUCUUUUUAGGUGCAAAUAAAGUGCUGUUUUCAGCAUA